AUGAAUACAUUCUUAGAUAUUGUUAAAAAGUGUGAUAAUUUUCCAUACCCGGAUGAAUAUGAUGAAGAAAAUUUGAUGCACAAUGUAGUGCCAUUGCUAUUAAAUAAUGUUAAAAUAGGACUUAUAUACAAGACAACGAUUCCAGUGUUAAAAAAAUAUAAUGAACAACAUAAAAAACCUUGUCCUUUCAUCAUUGAAGAGACGUUUGUUACAUUUGCAUCGCAUUUGAAUACAUUUGAGGAACUAACGCAAGCAAUAAAAAAUCUCUUGGAAGUAUGGAGAGAGGAAAAAGCUUUUCCAGCAUUAGAAGGAUGGCGUGAUGAACUGUACCCAGUUUAUGGACCUUCUAAUUUAGCAUUUGUUAUGGAAAGAUCAGGGACCCCAAUUUUUGGACUAUUAACAUUUGGUAUACAUUUAAGUGCAUAUGUUAGAACUUCAGAAGGAAAACUUAAAAUGUGGAUUGCUAAACGCUCAACAACAAAAUCUACAUGGCCAGGUCGAUUAGAUAAUACAGUAGCAGGAGGAAUAUCAUAUAAAUUAACAGUCAAAGAAACGGUAAUCAAAGAGGCAAUGGAAGAAGCUAGUUUACCAGAAGAGAUUGCAGAAAAGGCAGUACCAGUUGGUGCAAUUACAUAUUUUAUAGUAACAAAGAACGGAUUACAGCCUGAAGUUGAGUAUGUGUAUGAUCUUGAACUUCCCAUUGACGUGAAACCCAAACCACUUGAUGGAGAAGUUGAAUGUUUUUAUUUAUGGGAUAUAGAUGAGGUUAAAAAACGUAUUCUUGCUGAUGAAUUCAAACCUAAUUGUGCAUUGGUGGUAAUUGAUUUUAUGAUUCGUCAUUCUAUCAUUACUCCGGAAAAUGAACCAGCAUAUCUUGAGAUUUUAAGUAGACUUCAUAGACGACAUGAAUUUCCCGCACCAUCAUUUUAA